AUGCACUCAUUAAAGGGAGUUACGCAGAAUUUGGACAACAGGGUGGAGUAUAAUGGGCUUCCAGAUGAGAGUUUUGUUGACUCACUAAUUAGUGAAACCUACAAUAUUGAAAGGCGAAGAAAAGGAUGUCCUGGCAAAAUUGUAAAGUACGAGGACGAUGUCAAUAGUAUGUAUUCUGCUAUUAACUCAUCUGACAAAUGUAGUGGAAAAUUAUGUGAGAGUGAAAAGGGUACCAUUGGUUGCCUGAGUUUUUCUUCCCCUAAGGAAGCUUCAACACAUCUUCCGCCGAAAACUAAGAACUGUAAAGACUCUUGCUGUGAAAAUGAGACGAGUAUUAUGAAGGAUAAAUGUCAAAUUGCUUGUUCUUCUACGGAGAAAGGUGCUGAGGUUGAAAGUGAGGUUAAUGCAAUUUUUGCUGCCAAUCUGUCUAUUAGCGUUCAAACCAAGAGUAGAUCAGAAUGUUCUUUUUCUGAUGAAAACCUUCCCUUGACAAAAAUGAAAAGAGAUGAUGAGCCUACGGGACAAGAUGGGUCUUUGCAAAAAAGAUCAAACGUCGCUUGCGCUACUCAUCUUGAACAAGCAUUGAAAGAAUAUAGUUUGUUAAUUGAAUUAGGUAAAUGUAUCUGUCGUGAAUUCAUACAUCGUCUAGACAGAUGUUGUGGGAUCGCCACUAAAAAUUCUAAGAAGCAACGAUUUAAGGGAAUUCACACAGCGCGAGAUGAAUGUGAUGACCCAAAGAAGUCAAGCUGUAGCAAAGUUUGUUGCGAAAAGGAAGUGAGCUCUGACCUAGGCAAUCCUUCAGAUUGUCCACUGAAGGAGAUUAAGCGUGAUAAUGACACUUCCUCUUUGAAGAAAAGAAAGAGAAAAAAGAUUGCAGACUUGGAGGAAGAAAGUGCUCGUCAACACGUUCGCCUCAAUGUGGCUGGCAUGACUUGUACUGGCUGUGCCAGAAAACUUUCUCGAGUUUUAGAAAAUAUUGAUGGUGUUUCAUCAAUUCAUGUAACCUUUGUCACUGGUGUUGCAGAUUUCGACUUUGACACUGAUGUGUGGGAUUUGAAAGAUAUCACAUCUCGUAUUCAGAAGGAGACUGGAUUCAAAAUUUCUACUAUUAAAAAAAAUUCACAAACCUUGGAUCUAAAAAUUGACCCUUUAAAGGUCAAAAUUUACGAGAAACUUGAAGGUCUAGUUCUAUCUGUUGAAAGGAUCAACAAGCUGGUUUAUCGAGUUUAUUACGAUCCAACCAUCAUUGGUGCAAGAGCAAUCGUAUCUCGCCUUCCCAGCUCAUCUCUCGCUGAACUAAGUAGUGAUUCAUCCUUGGUUGAUAAUAGAAAAAGGCUCUUGGGUAAGCUAUGGCAGACUAUUGCUUGUGCCAUAUUAACAAUUCCUGUUCUUGUUUUAGAAUUUUCUAAUACUUUGCCAUAUUCCAAGCGGUCUAUUAUCUCUCUUGUUCUCGGAACAUUAGUACAAAGCAUCGCAGUACCUGAAUUCUACAUCCCGGCAAUAAAAUCUUUGCUUUAUAGUCGAGUUCUUGAGAUGGACUUGUUGAUUGCUAUCAGUCUCACUGCAGCUUACGGCUAUUCUGUCAUUGCAUUUAUCUUGACGCAUGUGGGCUAUAAGUUGGAGACAGAAAGUUUCUUUGAGACUAGCACGUUGUUAAUCACCUUGGUAUUUUUUGGAAGAUUUUUGACCACGCUUACUAAAUUUAAGGUUGUAUCAGCCAUUUGUUUGCGUUCCUUUCAAGCUGAAGUUGCUAUACUACUUGAAUCAUCCGACAAAACAAGAGAGAUAGACGCUAGAUUGUUAGAGCUUGGCGAUGUAUUUAUUGUGCGAGCUCACUGUCGCGUCGUGACUGAUGGCGAAGUCAUCGGUGGUCAAAGUAUGGCCGAUGAGUCUAUGCUUACAGGCGAAAGAUUACCAGCUCCUAAAGUUGCCGGAGAUGUGGUCUUUGCUGGCACAAUUAAUGGCCCUGGCACACUAAAAGUUAAAGCAAGUCGUCUACCAGGUAAAAAUAGCGUCUCUGACAUUACUGACUUGGUGGAAAACGCAUUGGCCGAAAAGCCUCGCAUUCAAGAUGUAACUGAUGCAGUGGCGGGUUAUUUCAUACCUGUUAUAUUCACUGUUAGUCUUAUUGUCUUUAUUAUCUGGGUCGCUGUCAAUUUGAGGAUUCGAGACAAAAGCGCUGGUGGGGCCAUUGCGUCAGCGUUGACCUAUGGCAUCGCGGUAUUAGCUAUUUCUUGUCCGUGUGCUUUGGGACUUGCGGUCCCAAUGGUGUUAAUAGUUGCAGGCGGUGUCUCAGCGAGGAAAGGUGUUAUCAUCAGAAAAUCGAGCAUCUUGGAAAACGGCUGUCAGAUUACGGAUGUUGUAUUUGAUAAAACUGGGACUCUUACAAAAGAUGACUUGGAGGUUUGUAAGAAAAUGAUUUUUUCGAGCAACAUAGUAUCAGAAACUGAUGCUCUCUCGCUUGUAAAAGCAUUGACCAAAGACAAUGAGCAUCCUAUUUCAGCUGCUGUGUCUGCUUACUUGAACUUUAAUUUGAAGCUUUUCGAAGUGAAAGAAACUCAAUCUUUUCCAGGUUCUGGCAUUCAAUGUCGGUGGAAAGGAUUUGACAUAAAAUUUGGCAAUCCGUAUUGGUUGAAGGUUGACAAACAAGCUGAAGUUGCUGGAUUUUUAGAAGAGGGCUUUAGUCUUGUUUGUCUUAGCGUGGAGUGCGAGCUUGUCGCUAUUUUUUGUUUGAAAAGUAAUAUUCGUGAUGAUGCAACCACUGUCGUGGAGGAGCUUCAACGAAAAAAUAUAACUUGUCAUAUUUUAACUGGUGAUAAUCCACAAGUUGCUGAAGACGUUGCAAGAGCGGCUGGGAUUCUGUCCAGUAAUGUUCGUGCUCGAUGUUCUCCUUCUGGAAAACAGAUUUACGUAAAGAAUCUUAUUAAAAACAAUAGAAAAGUUCUCUUUUGCGGUGAUGGGACUAAUGAUGCAAUUGCUAUUGCGCAAUCACAUGUUGGAAUUCAAAUCGGUUCUGCUUCCGAUGUUACCAGAGCUACUGCUGAUGUUAUUUUAUUGGGAGGAUUGGAUGGCAUUCUCGAAUUUCUUUCUAUUUCUGAACGGUCGAUCCACAGAAUAAUUUUCAAUUUUGUUUGGUCUUUUGUCUAUAAUAUCUUCGCAAUUUUGCUUGCUUCUGGAGCAUUUGUGAAAUUCCACAUUGCUCCUGCAUAUGCCGGUAUAGGUGAAGUUGUUAGUGUCGCUCCAGUCAUCUUCGCAGCACUCAGUCUCUGGACAGGGUCGAAGAAGCAGAAGGUAUGA